GUAACAACAGCUAUACGCUUUAUGGCAUCAGGCAGUUAUCAGAUGGAUAUAGGACACAACAUUCAUUCAGCCGUUAGUCAGCCAUCAGUAAGCAGAUGUAUAAAUAACGUGACGAGAGCUCUAAACCAAACAGAAAUUUUUAAUAGAUGGGUGAAAUGUCCAUCAACUUUAGAAGAAGUUAAAUCUAUAAGAGAUGGGUUUUGGCAAAAAUAUAAUUUUCCCGGAAUUAUCGGAUGCAUAGAUUGUACCCAUGUAGCAAUCAUAGCACCUCCUACACAUCAUCCACAGUUUCCAGAACAUACUUAUGUAAACCGGAAAGGAUAUCAUUCAAUUAAUGUUCAAUUGAUUUGCGACAGUCAUAUGAAAAUCAUUCAUGACAAUGCAAGAUAUCCAGGAAGUACGCAUGAUAGCUACAUCUGGAAUAAUAGCAACUUUUUGCCCAUGUUAAAACAAAUAUACGAUCGAGGAAAUACUUUUUAUCUUUUGG